AUGAUAAUUAUACUAACGACGACCUUCGUUCUCAGUCUAUGCAUAUCAGUAGACACAUCUUAUUUUAUUUAUCAUUCAACUAUUCUUCAAGGUUCCUCUCGAAUCUACGAUUGUUUGUACGCUCAUUUAGUCGACAGUGGAAAAGCACUUGGAAAAGUCUAUCUACAAAGCGAUAAUCUAAUUCCUUAUUGUCGGCGACCCGAUGAAAAUGAAGAGCAAGGUAAACUUCGACAUCCCGUUCUUGAAAAUAUUGUACAAACAUACAGUUUUAAACAAUUGAAAAAUGAACAUAUAACUAGUGAAGAAUUACUUCAGUGGUUUUCACCUAUUGAUAUUGCAGAAGAUUAUGAAAGAUUUAUCAACGAAUCUGAUGUAUUCCAUAAUUGUUCAAUACCUUGGUUUGGUUCAAUGUGUGAAUAUAGGUUUGUUUUCGACGAAAAGUUAUCAUUCGAAACGAUUAUUGAUAUGACCAAGGCAAAGCAAGAUGGGAUUAAACGAAAUAUUUCUCAUGGAACAUGUUACCAAUUUCUAACGAAUUGCAGUGGAAGAUCAUGGCCAUUAUGUCUUCAUUGGAGCGAUAUUUGUGAUGGAAAAUUUGAUUGUUUAGAUGGUGCAGAUGAAGAAUUUUGCGAUCGAUUAGAAAUGACGAAAUGUAAUGAAAACGAAUACCGAUGCCAUUAUGGUGGGCAAUGUAUUCCACGCAGUUUUUUAAAAGAUGGCACAUUUAGUAUUGACUGUCUUGAUGGAAGUGAUGAAGGUGAAUACAUUCUCCUUAAUACGGGACUAAGAAUCUCUAAUUGUGAAUCUAACACACCGUUUCGAUGCAACGAAAUCAUUGGUCGGUAUCCGAAUUUUUUUCAAUGUGAUGAAGGAAACUAUAUUCAAAAUAGUGCGUUACCAGAUAGUAGAUCAGUGUGUGCAAACGAGAAAGACAAGAAAGUAUCGAUUGCUUUGCUUACAAACAUGGAACAUAUUUUAAGUAUUGAUUGCCAAAAAGCGUUCUACUGUGCACUGCAUGCCAAUCGAACAUUUGGGUUUCGAGGUGUAGAUGGCUCAAGUGAAGAAAUAUUCCCAAUUUUAGAAGAUAUUAGAAACGAAGAUUGUGAACCUUUGUCUGAACAUUGUGAAUCGGAAUGGUUGGUAAUACCUACCGUUCCUAAAUUAUUCGACUUUUUUCAAUUUGUUUAUUUUACGAAUCGAUCAGUUGAUGAUUUCAAAAUAUCGAUAGAACCUGAUCUCGUAUGCUUUCCAGCAAAAGCAUGUCCUGUAUUGUUAAUGGAAAUACGUCCCAUUCAACAUAUAAAUGGAUUAACGUGUUUUUCCCCUGUGAAUUUUUCAGUUUAUAAAUUAACCGACUUUAAUGAAGUAUUUAGUGCAUUUGCACAUUACAAUUAUUACUGUCGAACAAAGGGUAUCGAUUUGUCCUGUGAAAAUUCAACGAAUUUCUAUUGUAAUGAAUCCAUGAAAUGUAUUUCCUACAAUCGUGUUGGCGAUGGUCACGUUGACUGUUAUUAUGGUGAAGAUGAACAAUUUAAUACAUGUCAUUUGAACGAUUCAAAUCGAUUUCAAUGUUUAUCAGAUCCAACGAAAUGUUUACUAGAAGUUGCAAUGGGUGAUGUAACAGAAAGCUGUCCUGAUAAUGAAGACGAACUAUUCGUCUAUACCCAAGAACUUUCUGUAUUAAUAACUUAUCCACACAUAUGUGAUCGAGAUGAAGAUAUGGCUAGUUAUUACUAUCCAUUGAAUGAAACAGAUGAAACAAAUUGCCAAUGGUGGCCUUGUAAUAAUACUUACACACGUUGUGAUAAGAAAUUGGAUUGUUCCAAUGGUAUCGAUGAACUUAAUUGUCCAGAUUCGAACUGCUCUUUGAAUGAAUUCGAAUGCCACAACGGAACAUUGGGAAGAUCUUAUUGUAUACCGUUGAGUAAUAUGUACGAUAAAUAUUCCAAUUCAUGUGAUACAUUACCUGUAGAACGUAGUGUUUACUUUUAUAAUGGAACAGACGAUAUUAGUGAAGAUUACUUCUCUUGGAAUCAUAGUCAAUGUGUCAGUUUAGAGAAACUCUGCCGAUUGAAUUCGUCAACCACCGAAAAUAUUUGUCUUUAUGUUUCGAUAUAUUAUUUCUAUUGGGCAAUCGAUUACCCGACCAAACUGAUUCCGAAUGACGACAAUUUUUGUAGGCAUACUUUUAAUCCUUUUCCGGAAAAUACUCCUCGUUUUCUCAAAACAUCUCGAUUAGGAUAUUUGCCUUCAUCGCCAGUCAAUCAUUCGAAGCUCGUUCUAUCGCAAACCGCGAAUCCAACUAAAAGAGUCCUAACCGGUAUCGAUACUGAAUCCAUUUCAUAUUGUCAUCGUGGUAUUCUCGCAUUACAGGGUUCAAAUCAAACAAAAACAUGUUUUUGUCCACCAAAUUAUUUUGGAUCGCAAUGUCAAUGGCAAAAUCAACGUGUUAGUUUAACUAUUCAAAUCGUAUGGCGUAGUGUAACAUUUCAAAUGGCUAUGUUCGAAUUGAUUAUCAUGCUUAUUAAUGAAUACGGACAAAUUGGAUCAUAUCACGAACGAAUUACUCAUAUGCCUGCGCGUGAUUGUAAUAAGAAGUAUAAUCUUUAUUUGUUGUAUCCAGAUCGGCCGAAAUCUUUAACACAGAAUUAUUCAAUUCGUAUCGAUAUUUAUGAGAAAACAUCUUUAACCUAUUGGGCUAGUUGGCAUCUACCGAUACCUUUUCAAUUUUUGCCCGUCAAUCGAAUUGCAGCACAAAUUACUAUUCCUGAUUUGCAAAAUCGUGAUAUAUGCACUUCACCAUGUGGCGAACAUGGUAAAUGUAUGAAUUACAUCAAUGAGAAGUCGUUGAGUUUUUGUCUAUGUGAGCAAGGAUAUUCCGGUACUUAUUGUAACUUUAAACAUGAAUGCCAUUGCGCAAAUGAUUCAUUCUGUUUAACAUCAUCGAUAUGCGUUUGUCGGCUGAAUAAAUUUGGUUCAUAUUGUUAUUUAAACCAUUCGAUUUGUCAAGCAAACUCGAACAAUCCGUGCGAACAUGGUGGAAUAUGUGUUCCAAGUGAUGAUCGAAUAGCUUUAAAUGACUUUACUUGUUUCUGUUCGGAAGAUUAUUCAGGAAAACGAUGUGAAAUCCAAAGUAGUCGUAUUGAUAUAGUAUUAAAUGAUGAAAUAAGAUCUGCUACAACACUUUUAUUAUUACAUUUCAUCACAGCAUUUGAUCAUACUGAACAUGAAAGACAAAUUUUAUGGAAGAAAUUCACUCUGAAUCAAGAAAUCUUGACAAAUUAUAUCACAAAACCAUUUCAUAUACUUUUCCUAGAAAUUCCAAAUCCGAAUUCUUACUAUUUAGCAAUUCUUCGAGAAGUCUUUGAACCUUCGGAAUAUAUUCGUACAAAAAUACAAAGGGAACAACGUUGUUUGUCCAUCGAUCAACUGAAUGAAAGCCUUCGACAUUAUGAAUAUUUUCGACGAGUAAAAUAUUAUCCAUUACUAUGCCGACAAAAUCUCGACUUAAAAUGCUUUUACGAUCCCGAACAUAUGUGCUUGUGUGAUCAAGAUCGAUUUGCCAAUUGUUUUCUAUUUAACCAUACAAUCAAUCAUGAUUGUUCAGAUUAUAAUUACUGUGAAAAUCAAGGUCGAUGUCUUCGAAAUAAUGCGACCUGUCCAAGCAAAUGGACUUGUAUCUGCCAGGAUUGUUUUUAUGGUAACAAAUGUCAAUUUUCGACGAGCGGUUUUAUAUUAUCACUUGAUACAAUUCUUGCGUAUCAUAUUCAACCAAAAGUUUCCAUUGGUCGGCAAUCACUACUCAUCAAAAUAAGUAUUUUUAUCAGUUCGACUCUUUUCCUUCUUGGAUUUUGCAAUGGUUUAUUAGCAUUUGUCACAUUCCGUCGAAGUAAAGUCAAAAGAGUAGGAAGUGGUUAUUAUCUUCUAUCUUCAUCAAUUGUUUCAAUAUUAACGAUACUUCUUUUAACAUAUAAGUUUUGGUUUUUACUUAUGUCUCAAACGUCUUUCAUUAUCAAUCGAACAUUACUUCAUUGGAAUUGCUUGAUAGUAGAUAUUCUUAUUCGAAUAUUUCUCGCGUUAAGUGAAUGGUUGAAUUGCUGUGUAGCAAUUGAAAGAGUGUUCAGUGUUAUUAUGGGUGUUCGGUUCCGAAGAACGACAAGUGUUCGAUAUUCAAAACGGGUCAUCAUAAUUAUAAUCAUCUUGGUCACGUCGACACAUAUGCAUGAACCACUUCGUCGCGAGUUGAUCGAUGAUUUCGAUAUUGAUGAACAUAGAAUUUGGUGUUUCGUUCGAUAUUCAUCUUUGAUUGAAAAAUACAAUUCAGUUAUAACUCUUUUUCAUUUCCUUAUACCUUUUACCAUUAAUGUUAUAUCUUCUCUUUGGAUCAUUAUAAAAUUAGCAUACAGACGACGUAGAGUUCAACGUGGAGAAACAUUGAAAGAUCAUCUCAGAUACCAAAUUCAACAACAUCGACAUAUUUUAUAUUCGCCAUUUAUUUUAAUAUUAUUAACAUUGCCUCGUUUGAUCAUUUCAUUCAUACGCACUUGUAUGAGAUCAACACAAAAACCAUGGUUACUUCUAAUCGGUUAUUUCCUUUCGUUUGCACCAUCAAUGUCGAUAUUUAUUGUUUUUGUUUUACCAUCAAAGAUAUACAAAGCAGAACUAGAUGCCGUCGUCGAACAGCUCCUAAAAAAAUUUCGUACAGCUCAAUAA